UCUCCAUCUGCAACUUCUGAGCUCUCUCUCCUUCCCUCUCCAUCUCCUUCUCCUUGCAGAGCUUUUCGCUUCAGUGUCUUUUCAGCUUCUUUUCCUUCGUUUCAAGCCUCCAUUACUCUCAUCUUCCAGUGUUUAAAUAGCCACCCAUUUGCAUAAUUGGCAAAGCACAGUUUUAGCUUUUUCUGAAAAGAAAAAAAAAAUCUUCUUGCUUCACUCCCCUAACCAAUCACGAAAAUGUCACCAGAAUUCAUGUUUGAGUGUUUUCCUUUCAUCUAUCGUAUUGGGUCUUCGCCAUAUUUCAGUUUAGAGGCCAUUCUCUGCCUCUUUCUCUUUGUUUCCGUUUUCUCUUUCUGGCUAGCUCCCGGCGGGCUUGCUUGGGCUUUAUACAAAAUAAGGUUCAAUGUUCAAUCCCAAGCAGCAAUUCCUGGUCCUUCAGGUUGGCCUUUCCUUGGUAUGGUCUUGGCUUUUACUGGCUCCUUGACUCACAGAGUUCUCGCUAAGACCUCUCAUCUCAAAUCAAAGUCUUUGGUAGCAUUUUCUGUAGGCUUCACUCGCUUCAUUAUCUCUAGUCAUCCAGAAACAGCUAAAGAGAUAUUGAACAAUUCAGCUUUCGCUGAUAGACCUGUUAAAGAAUCCGCUUAUGAGCUUCUGUUUCACAGAGCAAUGGGCUUUGCACCUUUUGGAGAGUACUGGAGGAAUUUAAGGAGGAUCUCAGCUACCCAUUUGUUUAGUCCUAAGAGAAUCGCUUCUUUUGGCCAGUUUAGGGCAGAGAUAGGGCAGAAAAUGGUGGCUGAGAUAAAGGGUUUAGUUGAGAGAGAUGACAAGAUUGAGAUUAGGAAGGUGUUGCACUUUGGGUCACUAAACAAUGUCAUGAAAAGCGUGUUUGGGAGGAGCUAUGAGUUCAAUGAUCACAACAACGUUGAUGCCUGUGAACUUGAGGGCUUGGUAAGUGAGGGUUAUGAAUUACUAGGAAUUUUUAACUGGAGUGACCAUUUUCCCUUCUUGGGUUGGUUGGAUUUGCAAGGAGUGAGGAAGAGAUGUAGAAAAUUGGCCAGUAAGGUGAAUGUUUUUGUAGGGAAGAUUAUAGAGGAACAUAAAAUGAGGAGGGCUGACAAAGGAAGAGACUUUGAUGAGAAUUCUGAUGAUUUUGUUGAUGUGUUGCUGGAUUUGCAAGAGGAGAACAGGCUCAGUGACUCUGAUAUGAUUGCUGUUUUAUGGGAAAUGAUCUUUAGGGGUACUGAUACGGUGGCAAUACUUCUUGAGUGGAUUCUUGCAAGAAUGGUUCUACACCCAGAUAUCCAAGCUAAAGCGCAGUCUGAAAUCGACACUAUCGUCGGCACUAGCCGGUCAAUCUGCGAUUCUGACCUGCCUAACCUAACUUACCUCCGUGCCAUUGUCAAAGAAACAUUACGAAUGCACCCACCAGGUCCUCUCCUGUCCUGGGCUAGGCUAGCCAUCCAUGACACGCACAUAGGCUCCCAUUUUAUCCCUGCAGGCACCACUGCAAUGGUCAACAUGUGGUCCAUAACCCAUGAUGAGCAGUUCUGGUCGGAUCCGAAGGAAUUUAAGCCGGAAAGGUUCAUGCAGGAAGAUGUUUCCAUCAUGGGAUCUGAUCUCAGGUUGGCUCCCUUUGGUUCAGGUAGAAGGGUUUGUCCUGGUAAGGCUAUGGGCUUAGCAACUGUGGAGCUUUGGCUUGCUCAGCUGCUUCAAAACCUGAAGUGGGUGCCAAGUGAAUCUGACGUUGAUUUGUCUGAAAACCUGAAGCUCUCUUUGGAGAUGAAGAACUCCUUAGUGUGCAAAGCUGUGGCUAGGGUUUCUGCCUAAUAUCUGGAUAUGUUUGAUAUGGCUUGCUAUCAAAUCUCCUUCAUGAUUUUGGAAACCUCUGAAAUGGGGAGACUGAAAAUAAAUAAGGGAUCAAUUAGGUUUUUGUUUAUUUGCAGGGCUUGGCUUUCCGUUUAUUAAUAUCCUAAUGGUGAUAUAAGCAUGAAAAUUUUCCUUCAACUUGUAUACAAGUUUGCCAUAUGUCAAUGCAAUAUAUCAGUUUGUUUCUC